GCAAGCCAGCACGCUCGCAACGUUACCACGGGCGAUUGCGAGGCUAAGGAGUUGGGAAAGCCAAACAUCCUCACGAGCCUCACCUGACACAUCGGUGAGGCGGGCUGCCAACGUUGACAGGAACUUCGCGGUUAGUGGCCCAGUCCCUCCGAACGUCUCAAACGCCACAGGUUGGAAAGGAUAGUUCACUGUCAGGACGGGUUUCUCUUCCGUUCAGCUACGAAAGCAGUGAUCUUCUCAUUAACUGCGACAUCCAGGAAUACUUUAUGAUAAAGAAUGAGCAACCACAUUGCAGACACUUUGCAACGCCAUGAACACAUUGUUAGAGAAGACCACUUGACACAACUCAUCAACUUCAUUUCCAAACACCAAUGGAUUUAUGACUUCCAGUUUACAAAAUUCUUUGUGGAAGAAGUUUGGAAGAAGGCACCUGCAGGAUGGCUGGAUUAUUUAAUAACAUUGUCAACAGAACAACUUAAACAGCUAACAGAAGGAACAAUAACGAGUAACUGUCCAGAUAGCCUGAAAGAAUACAUUGAGACAUGCAUAGAAUUGUCUACACACCGGAAACGGUUGGACAAUUUUGAUCCUCCACCACUUAAUUCAUUUUUCACUGAAGGCCUGACUAUGAAGAAAAAACAUGAAAUAACUGCCAUGUCAAGUCUUGUCCAUAAUCUAGCCUCUCGUGCAAACAUCCAUACUUUGGUUGAUGUUGGUUCUGGUCUGGGUUACAUAGAUCAUGCAUUAUCUUCUACGCAUGGCUAUGAUAUUUUGGGCAUUGAAUGCCAGGAAAUUUUUGCUCACAAAUCUGAAAUGCGUGCUGCUCAAUUCGAAAUUGAACAGCUUCCAACUUGUAAAUUUUCCACUUGCAUCCUUCAAUUGAAGCAGUCAAAAGAAUGCCUGCAACAGUUUCAAGAAGCCCUCAGUAAUCAUCAGCAACAGCAUAAAAGACCUUCUACCACAGCGCCACCCUCCGCAGAAGAACCUGUAAUGUUGAUGGGGUUACAUUGUUGUGGUGAUUUGACACCAACAGUCUUGAACAUCUUCCUGCAGCUAAACCAAGCUCAUAUAUUGUCUUGUAUCAGUUGUUGCUACCACAAAAUGGAUUAUAACGUCAAUGAACAUCAAUUUACUAAUUUCCCCAUGAGUGCCAAGGCCAAGAGAGCUUUUAGCUUCCAACAAGGGAUCAAUGGGUUCUCUCAUCUGAAUGUCUAUGCCCUGAGAUUGGCAGCUCAGCAGACAAAAAGUCAGUGGAUGAACCAAACAGAAGCUCAGUAUGACUACUGUAAAAAGAACGUGACAUUGCGAGGGUUGCUUGAAAUCUUGUUUCUCAAAGAGGGCAUUGCUCAGUCAAAACAAGUGUGUCGUGUGAAAAAGAAGAUCAAUUAUUCAACAGCUGAGGCUUACAUUAAUGCUGUACUUUCAAAUAUUCAAGAUAUUGCAGAAGAUCGUGCACAUUACCUUAGCAAGGAGUUUCUUCAGUUAUUCGCAGACAACCAAACUAAUUUCCAGUUUAUAGAACCAAUAACAUGUUUGCAAGUUUUGUUACAACCCAUUCUGGAAACCUUGAUUCACUAUGACCGUCUGGCCUUUCUCCAAGAAAGUGGAUGUCGAGCAUAUCUGAUACCAUUGUUUAAUGAACAGAUUUCUCCACGGAAUAUCAUAAUUGUUGCAGAGAAGAAAUGAAAAUACACAUUUCAGUUUUUUUAUAGAUCACUGUCACUAAUACCAUUUUGGUCUUAUGGAACUAACAAGUCAGUUUGAAAAUCGCCAACUGACCAAAUUGAUUGGAUGUGAGGCUGUCUUCUGAAGCAUCCAUUGUUUGUUCCUAUCUUUGGUACCACAAUGUGUUCUUCAGUGUCCUUUAAUAUUCAGUGGCUUAGUCCAUCACUAUCAAAACCUGUUGCCUAAGAAGACUGAGGUAUGCAUACAACUAGAGAUAAUAUCUCUCUUCUUCACCUUCCAUCUUUACCAGUCAUCAGCUCCAAGACCCUAACCGAUCCACCAUGGCAACAGACAUUGGCCAUCUCAUCUCACCAUGAAGUGUUUUGAUUGACAGAUGACUGCCAACACUUAUUUCCUCUCAGGGUACAGAUGAACUUUGACUUCUCUGUGAGAGGGUUUUCCAUCGUUUGACAGGUUUUUAAUUUUAAUUCUACUGGUUGUCCACACACUCUGCCCCCUAAAGUGGACAUAAGGGUGUGUGUAUCCUGAAGGUCUCCUCCACUUUAACUAACCUUGGACUUCUGCACCUGGAAAGUUCCUAAGGCACAAGUCUGCACAAGGCUUAUUUGGCAGUUACCUUUGCAUGCAUGUCCUUAUAUCUACACCAUUGAUAAGGUCCAAAAGAAAAGCUAAGCAUCAGUGUCAUUGAAGAUGUUGCUGUCAGAUUGCGAAGAGCUGGGACUGAUACUGCAAAUCAUCUUGUCUGGUUCCGUCCUGAACUUACUAUUUUUCGUCAACCUCACUAAGAUGGAAAAUAAAGUUGACCUCAACAAAAUUCAAACUAAGAACACAGAAUGUUGGAACAAUUUACAGCAUUCUGUAAUGUGUGUGUCUGUGUGUGCGUGUGUGCGCAUACAUGCAUACACAUAUAAAUGCAUGUAUACAUAUGCAUAUACUGUAUAACUAUUAUGUGUUUCGAUAACUUACAGUACUGAUUCUAAUUUUCCAUCCAUCCAUCUAUCCAUCCAUUUCCUCUGCCCGCCAUUCCUGGGAGGGUUGUGGAGUUAGAGUCCUCGGACACCUCCUCCAUAGGGUCCAGUCAGAAGCAACCAUUAUUAGACUUUCUGGUUGGAUUCCCAGUAGUGACCAACUGAGAUUAUCAAUGUUAUCCAACUAUCUCCAUUUUGAUCUACCACCAUACAAUUGUAUUUAAUAAAUUAUGUUUAAAACAGA